AUGGCCUGCAAUGCUGAAGAGCAACUAGGAGUUAUCAUUGUUUUCCAGGAUGAACCCAGAAUCGUGACAAUUUUGGACAGGGGAGAGCAGAACCAGCUCGUGUUUUAUGAACGACCUGACUUUUCUGAAUUGGUUACCAAUUUGGAGGAGUGCAUUUGCAACAUUGAGCUGAUGUCCCCGGCCUCCAGUAACAGCAGUGGAUCCCUCUCACCCUCAUCCUCCUCUGACUGCCUGAUGGUCCGUGGGGGACCGGGCAGGAGUCACGUGGCAGCUCUGCGUACCCGCUUCGAGCUGGAGUACGCCCUGAAUGCCCGGGCGUACGUGACCUGGUCCCAGAGUGGCGCUGACCGUCAUUCUGCCCAAGGAAUUCCACUGGAGGAUCUCAGGAAGAAUCUGCAAUACCCACCGAUGGAUGCAAACGGCUACGUGUCUGAUCCUCUCAGUACCAUGCGGUACAAUUGCUGCAACAGCGGGAGUCUCGAAGAUAGCUCCUGAAUUCCCACAGCAUCCCUUUAGGUUGAAUAAAUCCUGGGAAGGUGAGGGACUAACUGGCCGAGGAGGCAGAGAAGGAGCAACAAGCCACAGCAUUUUGAUACCAAUUGGGCAGAGAAUAUUGCUGAGUGUUUCAGUCUCCAUUCUCACAUCUCGAUUCCCUCCCUGUUAAUUUUAUUGAGCUCUCGUGCCCGAUAAUAUAGAAUUGCACAGAAUUUACAGCAAUGAAGCUUCAUUCCAACACCUCUGUGGUAUUUCUGCUCCACAAGAGCCUCCUCCCACCCCCUCUUCAUCUCACCUCAUCAGCAGAUCCCUCUAUUCCUUUCUCCCUCAUGUGUCUA